AUGGACUUCAUUCACAAGCUCAAGCACGACGAUGAGGACAAGCCUCAGUACGAGAGCACCUCCACCCAGACUGAACAGGAGAAGGAGGAGAAGAAGCGUUUCUUCGACAAGUUCUCCGCCAAGGACGAUGGCCGCGAAGACCGGGACAGCCACGACUCCCACGAUGCUGCCAAACACCACCCCGCCGCCGAACGUGAAGAGAAGAAGGAGGGCGGCUUCUUGAGCAAGCUCACCGGCCACGGCGAAGGCGACAAGCAUGAGUCCCCCGAGGCCGAGAACCGCCGCUACAAGGAAGAGGAGAAGGAAGAGAAGGCCAGCUUCUUUGAUAAGCUGACCGGAAAAGACGAGGAGAGGAAGCGUGAGGCCGAACGCCGUCGCAGAGAGGAAGAGGAGCGCCUCGAACGCGAGAGGGUAGAGAGGGAAAAGCGCGAAAACGAAAGCUUCUUCGACAAGCUUAGGCACAAGGAUCAUGACGACGAAGAGACCAAGGAGCGUCGCCCGAGCCAUCCCCCUGCGGAGGAGAGGCGUAGCUUCCUCGACAAGUUGACCGGCAAGGAGGAUGAGGAGAAGGGGUCAAGGAGCCGUGGCCACAGCAGAUCUGGAUCGAGAAACUCUAGGAGCCGUCGCCCCAGCAAGUCGGAAGAGGAGGAUAAGCACAGCUUCCUCGACAAGUUCACCGGUAAAGAUGGCGAGAAGGAACCAACGAGUCGUGGCCACAGCAGGUCUCGGUCGAGAGGUUCUAGGAGCCGUCGUCAUAGCAAGUCCGAAGAGGAAAAGCCCAGCUUCCUCGACAAGAUCACCGGCAAGGCUGCUGAGGAGGAGCGCCGCAGGAGAGAGGAGGAGGAGAAGGGCACCUUCGACAAGAUGAAGGAUCAUCUCAAUGAGAAGAUGGGUGGCGGCCGCAAAGCAGAGGAACAGGAGGGUUUUCUCGAUAAGUCCAUCGACGCAUUCCAAGAGCACGUCCUUAGGCAAGGAACCCAAAGCGACGAGAGCGCCUGGGAGCAGGCGAAAGACCGCAAGAUUGCCCAAGCCAUCCGCCAUCAGUUUCACGACGAGAAGAAAUGA